ACAAAAUGAUACUAUUGAAUAUUGAUACUUUUUAGCUAAUCUGUUAAUAGAAGUGUAAUAAUAUUAUAUGAGCUUAUAUUUUUUAGGUAUGACAAAGGUAUUUUAGGUACCUAACUACCUUCAAUUGUCUACCGUAUUUAGUUUAAACAUUUUUAGAAACUUUAAAAUUGUGUUGAAUCUACUUGACGUUGUACUAUAAUCGUAAUCGGAUAAUAAACUAUAAUGAACUCAUUAGUAGCAGAUUAUGGAGACGAAACAGACACUGAUUCGUUGGAAAGUGAUCAAAAUCUAGAUGAAAACACUAAGGAUAUGAAGUUAGUUGAUGAGUAUAAAACUGAGAAUAAGCUUCCUGCACCAAGAUUUAAAGAUACUGGUAUUAUCAAUGAAUCUGUCUUCAGAAAUCCUUACUUGGAAGCUGAACGAGCUAAAUGUGCAGUAUUAGAAAAACAUGUUAAAAUGGUUCCUGCUAAGGACCACCUCACAAAAGUUAACGGAAAAAAUAUAUGUUGGAUGAACAAAAAAGGUCGUUGUCGUUUUGGAAAUAAAUGUAAAUUUGCUCACGAUUCAGAAUUAUUUAAUGGUCCAAAUAUAAUAGAUGAAGACAAAUCAAAUAAGGAGAGUUCAAAAUCAAAAAAAAAAGAAAAGACCUGGACUAUCACAAACUUUAAUACCAGGAAAAAAAAUACUUAAAAUAUUUAAAAAAACAGAAAUGACUAAUGUGCAUUCAUAAAAUAUUAACUACAUA